UGUUAGCCGCGUACGUCAGGCCACUAGCUUAGGGUAUAUUCUCAGUUUUUAAAUAAUUCGCGAGAUAGAAGGUCGCACAAGCUAUCGACUAUCGUGUGCGAUCCGUUCUUUUUGCGCGGAAUUCGCUAAGUCGGGCGCUGAUAACGUCUGUCGUGUAUUCUAUAUCGUGAUUUGUUUGUCACCUUUACGGAUAGUGCAGCACUAGUGGCGAAAUUUAGGUGACACACUAUGUUAAUAAAGCUUGUGCCUUUUAGCUGUGAAUUUAUCAGUAAGUGGGAAGCUUAGCGAUCCGCCCACGUGUACGUUGAUUCAUGUACACAUAUAUGAAAACCAUUCUAGAGGAAGUCCAUCUACUACAGCUAUAGUAUAACGAGGAUGUACACUAGAAUUUGAGGAAAUGGAACUAAAUGUGUCUCGUAGUGUCAUCGGGUGUUGAUUGAAAUGAUGUGCUUUUUAGGUGAUGAAAAUUAUAAGCCGCAAUGGCGCAGUUUCAAUCUACAAAUGUGUAUUGUGUCUGAAAUUGGUCCUGCCGGUUGAAGAGCCGUCAGGUUUUCUGUGUCGGGAUUUUGUGUGAUUGUGCUACGGUUGAAAUAAAUAAAAUGUGAUGUCAGUGUCGGUUCAAACAAAGCGAAAUAAGAAGUAUCGAUCUAACGGAAGAACGGUGAAGAUUGUUUCAAUUGCCAGUGCUGGCGGUCUCGAUUGACAUGUCCAAUUGAGCUAACAGUACUUAGUUUCCUUGAGCCAAUGGAUGUGCGAAGCAAAAAUGUUCCUUCUCAGAAAGUGCUAAAAUUACUCAUUCAGCCUGGUGCGAUGAGUCACAUGCUCACAUGGCUCGAAGAUAAUGAUUAUCAAGGCAGAUUGACACAACGACAGUUUACGGUGGUGUGAAUUCAGUAUGCAGUAUUUCUCAAUUUGACGCUGCGUUGUUUAAACAAAAUCGUCACAUCACGUCAUCAUCGGUCGGUGGCAAUUUAAACUGCGUAUAUGUGGCUGCUGGAGGAAGCAGCAAUUCGAAAUUGCCUUUCUUAUGAACGAGGAGAACGACGGAUCCGUUAUGUGCUCGGGUGAAAAACUGUAUUAAUCGAACCAAAUGAACGAUUACGGAAGGACAGAGGAAGAGUCCCAGGAGAAUUUAAACGAUGAAGAUUCCCAUCGAAGUGCGGUAUUCGACAGUCGUGAGCCAGAAAUAGCACAGUACCAGUAUAUCGAAAUGUGAAGAGAUCGUAAAUCCACGCAAUGUGAUCGAGUUUAUUGUGAUAUAAAGUGUAUAAAGAUCCCAAAAAUAAACAAAUAUUCGUUUUGUUGUGUGUUGUUUCAAGUGUGGUAAUUAAUUUAACAAAAGAGCAAACAGAAGCCUGAAAAUGUUCUUUUCAUCGGCUGUGGAUGCUAAGAAGACUAACUGGUUCUCGUCACUCCGGCGUCAACCAAAGGGCAAAAAGACAGCGCUGGACGCUGAGCAGUUGACGCAAAAGAGCUGUGUGGAUCUGACGUCCAGUAAUUUGUAUAGCGGUAACAACUCUAGUCAGUUGCCAGAAGCGGUCGAUGACAGUGCAACGGAUGAACCGUUGUGUAAUCCCGCCACUGAAAGAUCAAUUUGUACAUGUGAGUGGGUGAAAGUAAGUCCGUCGCCAUCGUUUACGUCCAAUUCUCCUGAAUCUUCCACAAGUCUUACCUCAGCCACAACGGCCACAAUUAGCACAACAGUGUCGAGGAGUCUAAGGGAGAAUAACUAUCAGCCUCUGCCAACCGCUUCUUCGGUAGAUAAUCUCACAAGUGAUAGCGCUAACGAUCUCAAGGAUAUCGCCUUGUCAGCGGUGAAUAACACCAGUAGUCUCCGGAGAAGACCGAAGCGGAAAGAACAACUUUAUACCUCAACCACGGUAACCACUGUGACAAAAACGACGGUUGUGAACAAACAGAAAACCUACCGCGUGGGUUUAAUCUUUAGCGACAGCGGAGAAUUGUUGAAUAGCACUCUUGACCUACGACAACUAUUCGAGGAAAGCAAGCAAGCUCAACUUAUUUCUAGCGAAAGUGAUAGUGGGAAUAACAGCAUUAUUAAGGAAGAAGUCAAUAACAACUGCCGAAAGGAUUCAAAGUGUCAGCGACAGUUUAGCAUUCUGGACGACAGCAAUUUCGACUAUAUCGACGAUAGUGCUGACUUAUUCAACCGUAAUUACUCGGGCAACAAUGUUGCCAUUCAUGCCAAUUCGGCCAGCUCAACGCCAAAAGUCCUUAGGAAAUGUAAUAACUGCAAAAACAAAUCUAAUCUAGUCUACAAGAGGAGUGUUAGCUCGCCUCAUCGUAAGAAGCAAAUUAACGAUGAACUGAAUGAAGUAGAGUCGGAGAUGAGAGCACACGAGAACAAGGAAGAGAAUAAACAUUCCAAUAAAGAUAAGCAGAUGGCAUUAGGACGUAAGAAGUUCAACAUGGAUCCAAAGAAAGGCAUAGAAUUUUUAUAUGAAAACCAACUUCUAAAGACGGACCCACAGGAUGUAGCCCAAUUUUUGUAUAAAGGAGAGGGCCUAAACAAAACAGCUAUUGGCGAUUAUCUGGGCGAGAAAAAUGACUUCAAUGAGCAGGUGCUAAAGGCCUUUGUGGAUUUGCAUGACUUUAGCAACCUAAUUCUAGUGCAAGCAUUAAGACAAUUUCUAUGGUCAUUCAGGCUACCCGGUGAAGCACAGAAGAUUGACCGCAUGAUGGAAUGCUUUGCACAGCGUUACUGCCAGCUCAAUCCGGACAUCUUUACCAACACUGAUACAUGCUAUGUGCUUAGUUUUGCAAUCAUUAUGCUAAACACGUCGUUGCAUAAUCCAUCGGUGAAAGAGAAACCAACCGUUGAGCAAUUUAUAUCGAUGAAUAGAGGCAUCAACAAUGGAGGAGAUUUACCGAGAGAAUUGCUGGAGUCUCUGUACGAAUCCAUCCGAACAGAGCCGUUCAAGAUACCCCAGGACGAUGGCAACGACCUGAUGCACACUUUCUUCAAUCCAGACAAGGAAGGCUGGCUGUGGAAACAAGGUGGACGAUACAAAUCAUGGAAACGAAGGUGGUUCAUUCUGAACGAUAACUGCUUGUACUACUUUGAAUAUACAACCGAUAAGGAACCCAGAGGAAUUAUCCCACUGGAGAACAUUGCGGUACGCGAAGUGCAGGACCGCAGCAAGCAGUUCUGCUUCGAGCUGCACGCUAGUGGUGGAGCGGAAAUCAUCAAAGCAUGCAAAACCGAUUCCGAGGGUAAGGUGGUCGAGGGUAAGCAUACGGUCUAUCGCAUGUCGGCCGCCAGCGAGGAGGAACAGCAGGAAUGGAUCAAGUGUCUCAACCAGUCCAUCAGUCACAACCCGUUUCACGACAUCCUAGUACAAAGGAAGAAGAAGGCCCUCGCAAAAAGAAUAUUAAUUCUAAUCUUCAAUUGGCUCACCUGCUUUGGGUUCGAGAAAGAUCAUGAUGACGAAUGCAGGAAGAGUUUGACCGAAUACCAACUGUCAACAGCUUGAGGUUGUUGGUUAGAACCACACCGCAGAAUAGCAUCGCACCGAUUAUUCCAAUUCUAACCUGUCCACCAGAUGUAAUAUGAUCUCGCUAGAAGGAGCGUGGGAUAAAUGCAAUUGUUAAUUAGGAUAUUUGUCUAAGUAAAUGUCCCCUUGUUUGUACAGAA